UCCGUGAAUUUGGACUGGGAAACCAUCUCGGUGAACAAUUGCUCCGUCGUCGACGGAAAAACCUCCGGAACCAUGUCGGACCAGUACGAUUACGCGGGCAAGGGAAAGCUGAAGCUUAAAUCUGACUCGGAGAUCAAAAAGAAGAAAAAGAAAAAGAGCAAGGACAAGGACAAAUUGCGCGAGAAGGUGGAGAAAAGUUUGGAACAAAGUGGCAGCAGCAGUUCCCAGCAGAGCCAAACUCAGGCUCCUUCCACUGGCAGGGUUUUGACCAAGGCGGAAGAAUCGUUCAAAAAGAUGCAGGAGAAGAUGCAAAAGAAACGGAUCAUGGAUAAGGCUUCGAUGACGCAUAAGCAACGGGUAGAACAAUUCAACCAACAUCUCGACAGUCUGACGGAACAUUUCGAUAUCCCGAAAGUUUCCUGGACGAAAUAAGCUUAAGAUAUUUUAUUCGUAUAAUAUAAAAUGUAUUCAAGUC